UCAGACUAAGUCCUUACAGGUAACCAACCCAUUUUAUUUCACUUAAAUGUGUCACACCUACUUUGUUAAUUAUUGAACAUAGAUCAUAUUUAAUAGAGGUGGAAUAAGAAGAGAGCUGUACAUUCAGAGCAUCUAUAUAGGUAGAAACAUUCACAGACUAGAAUUUUGUUGAGCGUAAACUACUCUCAAUGGCAAUGGAUAUAGAGAAGAAAAUAUAUCUCAAGAGACAACUUGGAUAUUUCUGGGGGACAAAUUUUUUAAUUAUCAAUAUAAUUGGUGCAGGGAUAUUUGUGUCCCCCAAGGGAGUGCUACAGUACUCUUCCAUGAAUGUGGGAGUCUCCUUGUGUGUUUGGGUUUUCUGUGCAGUGCUGUCCAUGACCAGUACUCUCUGUGCUGCAGAGAUUGGAAUAACCUUCCCAUACACGGUGGCUCACUACUAUUUUUUAAAGAGAUGCUUUGGCCCUUUUGUGGCAUUCCUAAGACUUUGGACUUCCUUGUUUACGGGCCCAGGCGUACUGGCUAGUCAAGCUCUGCUACUCGCCGAGUAUGGCAUUCAGCCUUUCUAUCCCAGCUGCUCUGCCCCGGCUGUACCAAAAAAAUGUCUGGCCCUGGCGAUGCUGUGGAUUGUGGGAAUUCUGAAUUCUCGUGGUGUGAAAGAGCUGUCAUGGCUUCAGACAGUGAGCAUGGUGCUGAAGAUGGGUAUACUUAGCUUCAUUUCCCUCAGCGGCUUGUUCUUGCUGGUGACAGGGAGGAAGGAGAACGUGCGAAGGCUUCAGAAUGCUUUUGAUGCCGAGUUUCCAGAGGUCUCUCGGUUGAUAGAAGCUAUCUUCCAAGGAUACUUCGCAUUUUCUGGCGGAGGAAGUUUUACAUACGUAGCAGCCUGGCCCUCCUGGACACAUGAAGUGGACGCGCUCCUACAGCUUCAAGACCUUUCCUUACCAUGGCAGCUGUGCGCUGCUGUAGCCCUUUCUUGUGGGGCAUUGCUUCCUUGUUCGCCUCAGGGCAUUGCUUCCUUGUUCGCCUCAGGGCAGGGGCUUUGCUUUGCACCUGUACUAGGUCCUUUAGGUGAGCUGAAGGAACCCAGCAAAACAAUUCCUAGAUGCAUAUUCACAGCGCUGCCUCUGGUAACUGUGGUGUACUUACUGGCUAAUCUUUCCUACCUGACAGUUCUGAGCCCCCAGGAACUUCUCUCUUCAGAUGCUGUGGCUCUUACAUGGACAGACAGGGUCAUUCCCCAAUUAACAUGGAGUGUCCCUUUUGCUAUUUCUGCCUCACUGUUCAGCAACCUCGUGACUAGUGUAUUUGAGACAUCAAGAACGUCAUAUAUUGCAAGCCGGAAUGGGCAGCUGCCCUUGUUGUGUAGUACCCUAAAUGUUCACUCCUCUCCCUUUAUAGCUGUGCUACUAGAUGUCAGUAUGGGGUCCAUUGCAAUUGUCUUAACAAACCUAAUUGAGCUGAUAAACUAUCUAUUUUUUGUUUUUUCCAUUUGGACUGUCUUAUCAGUAAUAGGGAUCUUGAAACUGAGGUACCAGGAGCCUAAUCUACACAGACCAUAUAAGGUGUUUUCUCCAUUCCUAUUCAUAACAGCUGCCAUCAGCCUGAGCAUGGUUUUGAUUCCACUUAUCAAGUCUCCGAAGAUGCAAUAUAUCUAUGUGUUCCUCUUCUUUCUCGGUGGACUACUGUUUUAUGUGCCAUUGAUACACUUUAAAUUGAAGUUAAUUUGGUUCCAGAAGUUGACUUGCUAUCUGCAGUUACUGUUUAAUAUUUGCAUCCCUGAUGUGUCUGAUGAGCAUGUGGCGGAAGAAGAAAGUUGAGAAAGAAUAGCCUUUUGUAACCGUAUCAUGUUCCAACAAAAGGUUAAGUGUAGGCUAGAAUAGUAAAAUGGCAACCCUAGAAAUGGAAAUGGUGUAUAGAAAAGUACACAGGAAGUUCCUGGUUUUGACAAUGACAAAGAAAGUGCCUGGAGAGAUGGCUCUGCUUUUAAGGGUACCAGUUGCCCUCCCAGAGGACUGAAGUUCAAUCCACAGGACCCACAUAGACGCUCAUAACUCUCUAACUUUAGGCACAGAGGAGCCAAUAUCCUCUUCUGGAUUCUGAAGGCAUUGCACACAUGUGGUGUACAGAUAGACAUGUAGGCACCCAUGCACAUUUACAAAAAAAAAAAGAAAAAGAAAAAGAAAGAAGAAUAGCAAAGAAAGUAUUAUACAUAACUAAACAUUUUUAAUACAAAUUAAAUUCCUAGUUUGUGUAGCUUCACAUAUUAACAAUGUCUUUCUCAUUCUUCUGUUUGUUUAUCUCAUCGAUUUUCUACUGAAUGUAGUCUUAAAAUAAAAGUUAAUGAUUGAAAUUAAAAAUUUUCUCAAUAUUUUUUUCUCUUUUAGGAGCAUCAAAAAAAAAAAAACCACCCAAAAACAACAAUAACAAUUAAGAAAAAACUACCACCAACAAAAAAACCCAAAGAGAAAAAAAGAAAGCAAAAGCCUAAUUGGUAUUUUCAUUGUUGUUUUGUUUAUUUUAGAGACAGAUUCUCACUCUGUACCUAAGCCUGCUUCCAUUAAUAACUCCCCUCCCAGCAUCCUUAGCACUGGAUUUAUAGAGUUGAUUUCAGUUCCUGCCUUAGCUCCCCAAUGAUGUGCUUUAACCUCUAAGUUAUGAUAAACCCCUUUCUUUUCCUAGUUGGUUUUUGCCAGUGUUUUAUCACAGCAACAGAGAAAACUAGUACAGACUAGUAUACACAUAUUUACCAGCUUUUCACCUUCAAACCCAAGGUACAUUAACCAGGAAAAGUGGUCAAGUGAAGUGUUCUUAGGGACUGUGUUAGUUACCUUUCCUGUUGUUGUGAUGAAAUACCCUGACAAAUGUAGUUUUCAGGAGAAAGAGUUUAUUUUGGCUAGUGCCAGAAGGACAGGUUCAUUGGUCAGGAAGACAAGGCAGCAGGCAGGAAAAGCAUGGCAGCAGGAGGAAGAUGCUGGCUGACACAAUGUACUGUCCAGGAAGCAGAAUGUGAACAGAAGCCAGGUCAUGAAUGGAGCCUCAAAGCUGGUCCCUAGCAACCUGUUUUAUCCAGGGAGACUCUACUUUUUGGAGGCUCUACAUGAUUCCCAAGUGGCGAUUCUAGGUUGGAACCAGACUUGUGAACAUUUGAGCUCAAGGGGCCCACUUCAUACCCAAACCUCAACAGCGAUGAAAGAUGGUAGCCAUUCCCUUUAAAACCAAUUAAACAGUCCUGAGUUGGGUUGGUGUAUUUCCUUUUUGACUGGUUCUCUCUGUGGACCCCACGCUGUCCUCACACUCAGAACACUGCUGUCUCAGAUUUCCAAGAUCUGAAAUUAUAGUCACGAACCUAGCUAUGAAUAAGCUUUUUCAAAAUAAGAAUUAAAGGAAAUAAUAGACGAAAAUAUAGUUAGUGAUUGACACAGGGUAAAUGCCAAAUAUCGUGUUAAACUAAAGCCCCUAUAUUAUUUUAUUUUUUAAAUAACCAUACUAGUAACACACAUGAUUGAGCCAGUGGAGGGUAUGCAAAUUAGAGACUUCACGAUUAUAAAAGAAUGUUCUACAAAACUGAUAAAACAAAACAAAAUAGGUGAACAGUAGACAAGAAACAAGCCUUUAUCAAAUGAUUGGGGAAAGAGGAUGAAUGAGGGAAGUCAGAAGUGUUAAGAGUAUGUAGUGACUAUUUUUUAUUCUAAAUUGCUAGAAAGAAAAGGUAUAGGGCCCAAAAGAAUGCUGUGGAAAACUCAGCCUCUUAAGAUAGCAUGGAGAAUUCUAGGAUAUAAACUUUUCACAGAACACGGUGUGUGUUCCUGCUGAUAAAGGACUCUGUUGUUCCCUGGGAAGUCCCUGGAGCCCCUUGUAGGAAAGUUCUUUGCAUUGAAUUAAUGUUAGGGCUUGUCUCACCUUGUCUGGAAUUUUAUCUAAUAAUAUUGCAUGCUUACCUAAUAUCAAAUUUCAAUUUAUGUAAUAUGCAUUCAGUGUCUUGCCAUAAACAGAACUCAUUAAAGCAAUGAAAUGUACCAG